UGAUAACAUGACUUUCCAUGUCAUUUAAAUAAUUUUGAUAGAGAUUUAUUUUACAACGAAUAUUUUAUAUUAUAAAUAGGUAUUAUUUUAAUGAAGAAAUUGUGUUAAAUCCUACUGUCUCAAAACAUGUCCUUUCAGUAUGUGACUAUUUAUUAUGGACCGUGUGAUUCUUUUAAUACUGUUAUACAUAAACCGCAGAAAUUAAGAGGUUUAAGAGAUCACCUGCUGAAACUUGGAUACCGUGUAGAUUAUGUUCCUGUACAGUUUGUGAACUAUUGCAUGUUGGAAAUGUGCGGACAUGAGGUGUUUCGCUGCAACAUUCAAAAUCUAUCCUUCAAUACACCCUCUAACUUGGAUCCUGUUUGCCAACGGGCUAUCCAGGCAGUUGUGGAUUCCACAGCGAAGUUCCUCAGAGCUCGCCGCUAUCUUUGGUUCUGGAAAUUACUUGAAGACCAGAUAUUUAAGAGAGGCGAAUAUUUACCUAAGAACUACUGGCCUGCUGAAACCGAGAUAAAACCUUUCGCGAAUUGUUUGGAUUGUGUAAACUGUUGUGGUAUUUUGGCGAGAAGAAAAUAAGAGUAACGAGAAUUGAAGAUUCUUUUAUGUACUGCUACUGCUACUGCUA